AUGAGCAGCCAGCAGCUCACGCUCGGCGCAUCUGUACCCCCCUUCACCGCGCACGCUAUCUCUGUCUCGCUUCCGACAUGGCAAGACAAUAUCAGCUAUGAGGAGGGCGAUAAACGAGUGUUGGACGUAAUGGUCACAGGCUACCCACGCUUUUUCAUUCAUCGCAGCACUCAAAAACUAGCAGAAAUAUGCGUACAGAAAUUUGGCGUAUACGGCGAGCGCUGUCUGCUUUGUCCUACUCACAAGGUCGCAGAGGCAUGUCGCGCCUUCAUGAUCGACCGAUCCUCGCAGACUGGAGCAGCGGUGCCUGUGCGUCUCGUCCAGUUUCUCAUCUGCCCUGAGGACCAGCAGGAUGCCCCUAACUCCUCAUGCAUCGAGUUGCACAUUGUCUUGUUCCCUGCGGAGCACUUCCCUCUCGCGAAGCAGUUCUGGCAGCACACAGGGCUGUGUAUCUCCAGCCGACGAGCAGAACGGUGUCUCUCCAUGCUACCGCAGGAAUCUCCGGCAUCUCCCAAGCCCGCAUUCGCUCGCCCGCCGGUUAAGGCCCCCAAUCGCCAUUACUCUGCGAAAAGCUUCGGUAGAUCCCCACCAUCGUCACCUACAUCCCCGAAUCAUCUCCAGCGCGAGCCAGUGGUGAAGGCUAUAGAUGAGGCACUUAGCGCGGACCAGAGUGUGUAUGUUGAGGAGCGCUAUGGUCGCAACCUACCACUUGAGUCAGCGGCAGCGGCGAAGAGGGCCCUCCGCAGACGAAUCGCAGGUGUGCUGGUACACGACAGCCCGAACGACUGGUCAGCGGCUGGCGGGCAGGACGUCGAGUUAGGGCCAAGCACGCGUGGUGUUGAGAGCGUAACAGAGGAUGAUGUCUUUAUGUUCUCCACAGGCAUGUCGGCGAUUUGGAGUGCACACCAAUUGGCGCUUGGCGUGCGGCCUGUGGCGAAGAGCAUUUGUUUCGGGUUCCCAUACACCGACACGCUCAAGAUCUUGCAGAAGUGGGGUCCUGGCUGCCAUUUCUUGGGACACGGCCUGGACAAGGACAUUGACGAGCUCGAGAUAAUCCUCGAACGCGAAGCCGCACAGUCGGAAGGGCCGCCCGCGCUCGCAUUGUUCGCCGAGUUCCCGAGCAAUCCUCUGCUGCGUACGCCACACCUGGGGCGGCUGCGAGCUUUAGCAGACAAGUACGACUUUCUAAUCGUCGUGGACGAGACGAUUGGAAACUUCGUCAACGUAGAAGUGCUGCCAUACGCGGAUAUCGUCGUUAGCAGCCUAAGCAAGGUCUUCAGCGGCGACGCGAAUGUCAUGGGUGGCAGCGUUGUCCUCAAUCCGAAGGGCCGGCACUACGCCGCGCUGAAGGCGCACAUGGUGCAGACAUACGAGGACUCGUACUUCGACGAGGACGCGAUAUAUAUGGAGCGCAACUCGCGCGAUUUCAGGCGACGCAUCAGGAUCAUUGACGAUAACACGCUUGCUGUCUGCGAGCUCCUUCGCAAACGGUCGCUCGUGGCGUCCCCUAUCCCCGCGCGUGCCGUCGUAAAGGACGUGCUGUACCCGAAAUGGGUAACGCCAGAUAACUACGAGCGCUGUCGGCUGCCCGGAGGCGGGUACGGCGGGCUGUUCUCGGUCAUGUUUACGACGCUGGCCGCGUCGCAUGCGUUCUACGACACGCUGCCCUGCUACAAGGGUCCGAGCUUGGGGACGAACUUUACGCUCGCGUCCCCGUACACGAUCCUAGCUCACUAUGCCGAGCUAGAGUGGGCAGCGGGGUAUGGUGUCGAGGAGGGUCUUGUGCGCGUGAGCGUUGGGAUGGAGGAUAGGGCCACGCUGCUACAAGGCUUCGAGCAAGCGCUAUUGGCGGCAGAGGCGACAGCAGAGCAUCCCGCAGCAUAGCGGUGAUGUGUCAGCUUGUAACAUCAAAAUGAUAGCGCACCAGCGGGGAUUCAACCUCCCCUUGGUUGCCCGGAAAAGGUCCGGCGCGCUGGGAGAUACCACUAUAAUCUAGACGUAGUAUACUUGUCCAACCAAGCUGUAGCAAUAAAUCACAUAUCCGAGGCUACUAUG